CGGCGCGGCCCGGCCCGGCGCGGUCGCUGCCUGGGGCCGGCCGGGCGGUUCGCCCUGGUCCGCUCCUCUCCGCUCCGCUCCGCCGAGGCCGCGCCGCGCCCGGGCCAUGCGGCCGCCCCCGCCGGCGAGGAGGCGAUGAGGCUCCGCAGCGGCACGGCGCUCACGCUGCUGCUCGGCUGCCUCUGCGCGCUGCUCUCGCUGUCCUGGUACGGCGCCUUCGGCGGGCACAAAGGUGACGUUGUGGACAUCUACCAGCGGGAGUUCCUCGCCCUCCGGGACCGGCUGCAUGCAGCCGAGCAGGAGAGCCUGAAGCGCUCAAAGGAGCUCAACCUGGUCCUGGAGGAGAUCAAGAGGGCGAUCUCGGAGAAGCAGGCCCUGCGGGACAUAAACCGGACCUGGAGCAGCUUAUCUGACGAAACCAAGUUAAAACUGUGGAAUAUCACCAACAAGAAUGUGCUGCACCUUCCCACCAUCUUCCAUCAUUUGCCACAUUUGCUGUCAAAGGAGAACAGUCUGCAGCCAGCCGUGCAUGUGGGACAGGGGCGCACUGGAGUGUCCGUCGUGAUGGGAAUCCCCAGCGUGAAGCGGGAGGUGCAUUCCUACCUCACCGACACCCUCAACUCCCUCAUCUCGGAGCUCACACAGCAGGAGAAGGAGGACUCCGUCAUUGUCGUCCUCAUAGCUGAGACGGAUCCGCAGUACACGGCCGGAGUGGCAGAAAACAUCAAAAACUUAUUCCCAAAGGAAAUACACUCAGGUCUCCUGGAGAUAAUUUCCCCAUCUCCGCAUUUCUAUCCUGAUUUCUCCCAUCUGCGGGAAUCCUUUGGGGACCCCAAGGAAAGAGUCAGGUGGAGGACAAAGCAGAACCUCGACUACUGCUUUUUAAUGAUGUAUGCCCAGUCCAAAGGCAUAUAUUAUGUGCAGCUGGAGGAUGAUAUUGUGGCCAAACCAAACUAUCUCAGCACGAUGAAGAACUUUGCCUUGCAGCAGCCCUCUGAGGAGUGGAUGAUCCUGGAGUUUUCUCAGCUGGGGUUUAUUGGAAAAAUGUUCAAGUCUCUGGAUCUGAGCUUGAUCGUGGAGUUCAUCCUGAUGUUCUAUAAGGACAAACCCAUUGACUGGCUGCUGGAUCACAUCCUCUGGGUGAAAGUCUGCAACCCUGAGAAAGACGCAAAACACUGUGACAGGCAGAAGGCAAACCUGAGGAUCCGCUUCAAGCCGUCGCUCUUCCAGCACGUGGGAACCCACUCCUCCUUGGCUGGGAAGAUACAGAAGCUGAAGGACAAGGACUUUGGCAAGCAGGCCCUGCGCAAAGAGCACGUGAACCCUCCCGCAGAGGUGAGCACCAGCCUGAAAACCUACCAGCACUUCACCUUGGAGAAGGCUUACCUGCGGGAGGACUUCUUCUGGGCCUUCACUCCCACUGCCGGAGACUUCAUCCGAUUCAGAUUCUUCAAACCACUCCGCAUCGAAAGGUUCUUCUUCCGCAGCGGGAACAUCGAGCACCCAGAGGACAAACUCCUCAAUACGACUGUGGAGGUUUUGCCGUUUGACAGCCUGCAGUCGGAUAAGGAAGCCUUGCAGGAGGGAAGAGGUGCAGUGUUCAAAUACCGCAGGACACCGGAUGGCUACAUCCAGAUAGGCUCCUUCUCCAAGGGCGUUGCAGAGGGCGAGGUGGACCCAUCCUUCGGGCCGCUGGAGGCCAUCAGGCUGUCCAUCCAGACCGACUCCCCAGUGUGGAUCAUCUUGAGCGAGAUUUUCAUCAAGAAGGCAGAGUGACCCUGCCUGCGAAGGGUGGAUGGACACACGUGGAUCCCGUCCUGCUCUCUCCCCUCCCGCUCCCUCCUGCCGGGGCGCCUCGCCCGGGUGCAAGGGCAGCGCAGCCGGCCUCAGCCAUCCGGCAUCACCAUCCUCAGCCUGAGCUGCAGGGCCAGGACCUUGCCUGCUCCAGAAGAGGAGCAGAACCAGGCAAACCCCGGUAUCCGGAGCAGAGGGCGAUGCCCCUCGUGGGUGCAGCUGCUGAGCUCAGGCCACACGGACACAGGGAUUUGGGGUCGGGAUGAGUGCUGGUGGUAAGCGUGGGAACAAAAAGCACCUUCAGCCACCUUCAGGACCGGCCCACCUCUGGCUGUACUUGGGGUGCUUGGGUACCUUGAGUCCCGCUGGCUGACCCCAUGGGUGCGCUGGGAUGGAGACGGGCAGGGACUGAGGUCUGCCUUGAGCAGUCCUGGACACAGCUGAGGAUUAAGUGAGGGUGAAGACUUGACCCUCCUUCAGCAGAGGAGGAAUGAAUCCGAAGGGGUUGGAGCUACGAGUAUGGCAGGGAAAACAAAAAGAACUAUGAAAUACACCACACUGUGCCUGCCAGCAUUGAACACAGCCCCUUCACUCACAGUGAAGUCUCCAGUGUCUUCAUGCCUUGACGUUGAGUGCAGAAAUGAUGGUUUUUAAAAGAAUUGUUUCAGUUAUUGAUUGGUGUGAUUGGAUUUGGGGGGGGGGGGGGGAAGAAAAUAAAGCAGAAGUAGCCCAGUUCAAAACUAGUAGGGAUUAGUGUAAAUCCCGCUGUCUCUUCAGCUAUACACUGGAAUGCAUUAUACUACUUUCAUGUGCUGUAUUUUUUAUUAUUGGAUACAUUUGAUUUUUCAAGUACAUCUCUAUAUAAAUAUAUAAAAUAAUGUGCACUGUAAUAAAAGCUAAAUUUAAA